CGUGCGUAUACGACAGAAUAGUGUUUAAAACGAAAAAUAAGUUAAAUUUAUUCUUAAUAAACAAUAUAAAAUAUAGAACAGUUCCUCUAAUACGCAGUUUACUUGAAUAAGAUAUAUUAUGUUUUAUCGAAUUAUUUUGUCUUGCAGUAGAUUUUAAUUAGUAGGUAUAGUAUGCGGGUGGUGAAUAUGAAGUGUAAUUUAUAGUAUUUAAGGUAAAAGUUAAAUAUAAUGAAAGGGAAAAAGGUGGAAAAUGUAAGUCUUACAAAAGAAACAGACAAGGAAGUGGAACACACACAGAUAAAACCAACAUCCGAAAAACAGAUGCGAGAUGACAGUAACCUGGGUGUACUUAUCCUUGUGUGUAUAAUAGGUGUCUCACUCGGAAUUAUAUUAGAAAUUAUCAAUGUACAAAAUAGAAAAGUAAACAUAGAUAGUACACACAACAGAAGAACCUACUGGGUAUAUUCUGCCUACAGCGACGUAGAAAACAAAGAAGGCUUACUAAAACAUGUCCAUUUAGUUCUAGAAAGGCUUGGUUAUGAACAAGGUUUUAAUGAAACUUGGACGCUACUCUGGUCUCACGAUUACCCCUUCAGAGUUCUACAACCAAUUAUUAGCAAACUAAAAUCACAUCAAAGAGUAAACCAUUUUCCCGGGACAGGUUUUAUAACUAACAAAGUUGAUUUAGCGACCACAGACUCGAAGUACAUACCAAAAGCGUUUAAACUGCCAAAUAACAAGACAGAAUUUUUAAGAUAUGCUAAAGAGAAUGUAAAUGCGUUGUUUUUGGAAAAGCACAAUCAGCAUAGAGGUGUUUACUUGAAGAACGUGAGUAAAAUUAAUUUGAAUGGUGGCGAAAGUUUUGUGCAGGAGUUCAUUCAGAAACCGUUUCUAGUGGAUGGACAUAAGUUUGAUAUUGGCGUGUAUGUUGUGGUAACUUCAGUAGAUCCACUAAGAGUUUACUGGUAUAAAGGCGAUGUUCUUUUCAGAUACUGUCCCGCUAAAUACUAUCCGUUUGACGCAAAUAUUCUGGAUAAGUACGUCAUCGGUGACGAUUACCUGCCCACUUGGGAGGUACCGUCACUGGCGCAUCCUUACACUGCCCUCGGAUUCGGAAUGAAAGGGGCUUUCGACCAUUAUGCCCAGUCGAAAGGUAAAAAUACUGAACUCAUGUGGCAGGAAGUCCAAGAAGCAAUUGCAGAUGUAUUUGUCAAGAAAGAAAAACAUAUUAUUGAUGCGCUUAAGAGCUACCCUUCGCAAGACAACUAUUUUGAGAUGAUGCGCUUCGAUCUGAUAGUGGACGAGGAUCUUAAAGUAUACCUGCUGGAAGCGAACAUGUCACCCAACCUCAGCUCUGCGCACUUCCCACCGAACCAGCUGCUUUACGAACAAGUGCUGUAUAAUCUUUUCUCGCUGACUGGAGUUGCUAAUCAUAUGGGAAAGUUGAGCAAUGACACAAACGUGCAAAACAUGCUGUCAGCACAGAAAAACAUUGCAGUGUAUAGCGACGAAUGCAGCACCAUAUGUCGGGAGAGUUGCCACGCUCUGUUAAUCUGUGAACUUUGCAAGCCAUGCCUCACCAACAAGAUGAAGAGAGCCUUACUGAGCGCCUACAGGGAACACCUGCAUAGAGCUGACUUCGCCAGAUUGUUUCCACGGAACAUAAAACCAAACUCAAGGGUGGAUAAUGGAUCAAUAAAUUUAAACAAAAUCAACAAACUGCAACAUUAUUGGUAUCAAGGGAAAUGCAACAGUGAUAUAACAUGGUGUAGUUAAAAAUAAAAACAUUUACUUUGUA